AUGGACUCGAUCAAGCUUCACAACUCCUUGAAGCCGGGGGCACCUGUGCCUUUCGUGCCCAUCGAGAAGGGGAAGAUUAAGUGGUACGCCUGUGGCCCGACCGUAUACGAUCAGAGUCACCUGGGACAUGCUCGCAAUUACGUCUCGACCGACAUUAUCAGGCGCAUACUCAUACAUUACUUCGGCUUCGAUGUCAGAUUUGUCAUGAACAUUACCGACGUGGACGACAAGAUCAUAUUACGAGGCAGGAGACAGCGACUGCUCGACGACCUGAAGAAGAAGAACCUACCGCAGCCUGAGCUUUUCGAGCUAGGAAUGGCUGCGUUAAAAGCAUAUGCGACAAACAACCUGCCCCAACUCGUUGAGGCCGACGGACCGGAGCUCGACCUAACCAACUACAUCUCUCGGAGGGACGCCGCGUAUGGGAAGGUACUAGCCGGAGGAACUCUGACGGGCGAAGGAAAGCCGGGCGACGAUGAGGCGAAGCUGAAGAUGCACAUAAGCAACAUGACCUCGGCCGUCAUUGCGAUCAGCGGGAACAAGGUCUUCAACGGCGCCGAGGAGAUCCUGCUCCCCUACCUCGAUUCCCUAUAUAAACAGACCAUCGACACGAGCGACCAGAGCAUAUUCACGGACCUGACCAAGUUCAUGGAGGGAGAAUUCACAGACGAUAUGGACGCGCUCAAUGUGCUUCGGCCCGACGUUAUUACAAGAGUUACCGACUACGUGCCAGCGAUUGCCGCUUUCGUCGAGAGGAUUGUCGACAAGGGGUUCGCAUACGAAGCAGAAGGCUCAGUCUAUUUCGACAUUGCGGCCUUCGAAAGGGCGGGCAACUCGUACGCAAAACUGCGACCAGAAAGUCGAAACGACAAGGCCUUACAAGAAGAAGGAGAGGGUUCCUUGUCCAAGAGCCUAGGCGGCAAGAAGGGUGCUGGUGAUUUUGCGCUCUGGAAAAAGUCCAAACCCGGUGAACCCUACUGGCCUAGCAAAUGGGGCAACGGCCGGCCUGGCUGGCACAUUGAAUGCAGUGUCAUGGCAUCCGAUAUCUUGGGGUCGCGUAUGGAUAUACACUCUGGUGGGAUCGACCUCGCCUUUCCCCAUCACGACAACGAAAUCUGCCAAAGCGAGGCCUACUUCUGUGAGCAUGGCCAUGAACAUACUUGGGUCAACAAUUUCUUGCACAUGGGGCACUUGUCCAUCAGUGGCUCCAAAAUGUCCAAGAGUCUCAAGAACUUUCAGACAAUCAAGGAUGCAUUGGCCUCGACAUACACAGCUCGAUCGAUGCGAAUUGUAUUUCUUCUCGGCAAAUGGCAUGAUGGCGUUGAGAUCUCCCCCGACAUGCGGACUCAAGCUGACAACUGGGAAAGUUUGGUGAACAAUUUCUUGACAAACAUCAAAUCACUUCUAGUAGAAGCCACAGGCACGACAGACGCCAUCACAGACGGCACAAAGAGUCUCACCAUCAGCGAUGACAAACAUGCCGAGGGUAUAUCGGCCGAUCUGGAACAGGCCAAGAAGGACCUCGAGUCGGCUCUCACCAAUUCAUUUGAUACCCCUCAAGCCAUGCGAGUCAUUGCGGAAAUCAUCCGGAAAGCUAACGUCCACAUCAUUGAUCGCAAGAACGUUUUGGACCUGCCUGCAAUCGAGGCGAUUGCAAGGUGGAUCACGAAGGUCGUUGGCAUCCUUGGUCUUGAUGCAAACGCCAGUCCUCCGUAUGAGGGACUUGGAUGGGCCUCUACUGCCGCUGCAGCUAACAUAGACCCUCAUGUGGCAGUAAAGCCAUACGAGGCCGUGUGGAAUGCUGUUUUGUCCAAUGCGACGGCACUACAACUGCCCGUCUCGGAAACCAUGACCGGUCUGCUCUCUCAGUCACCAUCUUCUCCCUUCGAGUCGUUAGCCAGCGAAGGUGUCCGGGAUCCAGAACAGCUCGGGCUUCCGUACCUACGCGCGGUGUCGAAACUGCGUGAUGAACUUCGGCGGAUCGUGGCGACUGUCUUGCCCGAGACAAAAGCGUCAAUACUUGCGCUGAGUGAUCGCAUACGCGACUUUGAUCUGACGAAUCUCGGUGUCUACCUGGAUGACCGGCCAGAUGGCCAACCGUCACUGAUAAAGUUCAUCCCUGCCAGUGAAUUAAUCGCAGCCAGGGAAGAAAAAGCGGCGAAAGAGGCAGAAAAGACAAGGGCCAAGGAGGAAGCGAAACGGGCGCGCGAAAAGGCCGACGAGGAGAAGUGGGCAAAGGCCAAAGUCGCACCUGAGGAGAUGUUCAAGAGCGAUGAGCGGUACAGCGACUGGGACGCAGAGGGCAUGCCUAUCAAGAUGAAAGAUGGCAGCGAGGUGCCCAAGGCGCAGUCGAAGAAGCUGAAGAAGGAAUGGGAUCGGCAGAAGAAGGCACACGGGGAAUACCAAACGAAGUUCGGCGGGAGAAAAGCUUAG